AUGUCCCAAGAUUGGCUGCGCUACCUGGAUGCCAAAUCAGACUUUACCAAAUCGGAGGUCAAUACUGAACUACUCCAUAGCCACCCACCCAAAUCUCCAGGGUCUGGAUACGAUGCCCAGCGACUUAGGGCGAUUAGGUCACCACCUGCCCAUCUAGAGGUUGAAACAGAUCUGUCUGUCUCCAUUGCUAUGUCAAUUCCAUACUAUAACAUUUCGGACUACAAGGGAUCAUUUGAUACAGUGGACUUGCUUCAUGAUCGAUCGCAAGAGACUGAGGAGGCUAACAAUACUGCCCAAAUCUCUACUACUUCAAGCCCCAGGUUUGCAAAUACAUCUCACAUUACCCCCACAGUCCCCGGUAAGUCCAUGAUCGAAGCUGCUAACAUCGACCAAGUACCUCCAAGAUUCUCCAAGUUCAUUGCAGAUCAGAAUAUAGUUGACGGAGAUCACGGGCCUGCCAAUUCAUCCAUAAUUAAGAAUUCAAGAGAUAUUUCCGACCUGAUGGGAUCACAGGCGACCAUUUUUUCCACAAGGCUAGAUGAGGCUCCUCCAACCAUGCGCAGCAGAUUGAAGAAAUCCAGAUCUCGGAGAUCCAAGGUAUUCCCUCAAUCUAGUAGCGUGCAUUCAUUGACCAGACAAAAGGCCAUUCGUUCUAAGGAGGGAAGUCUAGCGUACCGACUUCGAAUCCGCAUGAAGAAAAUUGUGGCCCUGAUUAGGGCAAAAUUUGCACCCAUACUCCACUAUGUCUCUAAGAGUAAGAGGGCCACGUCCACUGCUCGGAUGCCACUGACCAAAACACGCAGCCUGAAGAAAGGCUUCCCCUUCCGUAUGCACAAGUCUCGAUCGAAGGUGGGUCCGGCCGCCAUUUCUGUUCCGGUGAACAAUCCAAGGUUGGGAAAAGGCGUCAUCGACAUUUCUGAUGACCGCCAUAUCAGUUUGGACCCUGGAAGAGCAGAGAGAAGAGGUAAGUGGACUCAUGUCCUGCAAUUUCUUGCUGAGCAGCAGCACCUCAUCACUCCACCAUCACAAGCCGCGUUCCUGAUCGACAGCGACGCACCUCCACCUCCUCCACACAUCAAUUCGCUGCUGGGACUCAAACAAUAUUUGAAUGAUAUGCUGAUUGAGGCCCAAAAGGAGAAGGAGGAAGUCCAGGAAAUGUGGCGGCAUUUCUUAGCUGGGGUUUUGGCUCAGAGAAUCAGAUUACGUCAGGAAAUAGCCGUCUUUCAGAUGCUUCUAGCGAACCAAUCGCUUCCUUCGGCCUACUCGAAGCAAGUGGGUGAAAUCGUGUCGUCUCACAAUGCCAGCAUCGUCAAUUCUUCUCCUCUAAUGUAUCCAUCAGUGUCUGCUUCUGGUAAAAGGGCUAUUUCCGGCCGUUCCAUGGCUGAAUCAAUGAUUUCUGUCUCGGAAGAACAGGUACUGGAGGAAGAUAUGUCGUCGCCAGAAAUUGAGUCCGAUAUCGAUUCUGAAGCUGAAACGUUAGAUCUGAAUGUGGAAAAGCUCCAUAGAGUGCUCAACAGAAGAUCCAUGUUGGGCGAAAUGUUAGAUUACGAGUCCGACUCGCAACUGAGUCUGGGAACGUCUGUUUAUCUGGGAAAUUCACAAAUUGGUCCUUUGACUAGCCAGUACGGAACCGUCAGAAGACAUCCCAAGUCAGAUACAAGUUCUCGAUACUCUCUGAAUCCAUCGGAGAGCGCUGCGCAUCAUCCACAUCCACGUACAAAUACUAGUUCUCGAUACUCGAGCAUUGAACUGGCGGAAAUGGUUCUGGCUAGUCUGGGACUACCUCGAUCUCACGGUUAUAACAUGGGGCUCAAUUUAGCACAGACCUAG